AUGAUCAGACGGCCCCCAACCAUAAUUACCUUUGACGAAAAUGAUAUUGAAUCUCACCUCCAGCGGAUCUAUAUCCGUCAUACCCUAACUGUCGGGUUCGAGCAGCUGCACCUAGACGAAAGCGAGAUGGAACCAUCCUCCUGUGUCUCUUCGGAAUCCGAUGUGGACAAUGAUACCACAGGCCUGAGUCAAGAAGGAUCCUCGUGUUUUGAGCCUUCCCCAAGAGACAGAAGCUAUGUGUCUACAGAUGCAAUUCCACAUACUUCCGUGACAAAGUCCUGCCUCAAAUCCCCAAUUCCAAAUCAACAGUCCUCGUUACAAAUGUCCAUUCCCACCGGUGUACACUCGCAAGCAGAUCGGUCUGUUGAUCCACUACGACUAAAGGUGAAGUUUGCUCUCUCACCGGAGGAACUCGAACUCCAUAGCGGCAAAGCCCCUCUUGAAGAAACAGGUAUGUCAAACAUUCCCGAAGAAACAUAG